ACACAAUGACACAUUAAUCCCUCUUUCAGGACCUUUUAGAUACUUGGUCGAAACGAAAACAGAGCAAGUCCUCCACAAGAAUUGAAUUUGAGGAGGGUUUGAGUCGUCGGCAGUAGCAUUAUGUGGUUCGAGAUCAUCUGCGGGCUGGUGAUUUACAGUCUGUACAAGUUGUUUUUCUCCGACGGCGACGACCUCUUGGAUGUGGAGACCUCUGAUUCUACUGCUCUGUUUGCAGUCGCCGACAGGCUCUCCAAGCUCUACGAUGGCGCCAAGGUCUACGUCGGCCUCCGCAUUCCCGACGCUGAUACCUCUUCCCCUCAGCCCAUCGAUUUGGUUCUCCUCAACAAAGGGGAGGCAGUGGUGAUCACCGUCAAGAACUUGAAAGGAUUCAUCUCCGUCAAGCCCGAUGGCAGCUGGGUUUCUGAGAGCCUCUCUAAACACAAAGCAGACCACCAUCCUGAUCCUCUGGCUGAGACUAAAAGACAAGCUUCAAUUCUUGAAUCCUAUCUUGAACAAAGAGGACUUGAUUUACCACAAGGAUAUUUGUCCUGCAAAGUAAUACUUUCCAAUCCUAAAGUUUGUACUAUUCAGUCGAGCAGUUUCCCAUCAGAAAUCAUUACUUAUGACCAGUGGGUACAAAUGAAACCUGAACCAAAAAGUAUGCUUUCUGGUUGGAUGAAGGGCGCAUUCCGUGGUGGAAAGAAAGAGAUGCAAGAAUCUAUUCAUCAGAAGCUUGAUUUUAUUCUGAGUACAGCACCAAUGUGGGAUAGGUUGGAGCUUAAAGGUAACAAGUAUGUUCUUGGAGAAUUUCUGGAAUUCAAGGGUAAGCAGGAAGAUGUUCAGGCUUUGAGACAUAUCAAAAGAUCAAAAAUUAGCCGCCUUGUUGUCCAAAAGACAAGCAUGCUUGGAUUUGCCCCUUCAAGGCUCCAAGUUCUGUACGCUCGCCGUGAUUACCGCAGUGAAGGAACUUCAACUUCUGACUGGAAAGAAGCAAGUGUAAGGUCGAGCACGGAGGUUGUCUUUCAGCUUAACAAUUCUCCAAAAGUCCGCAAGUUUAAGCUCUCAUCAAUUAGUUCUAUGUCUCUGAGUGCUUAACGAUUUUGCCGCUGAAUAUAUUCUCAUCAGUGCAAAUCGCAAAUGGCGAGGAAGUCUUUUUUUUUCUUUUUUUCUUUUUUUAAAAUAAUUCCUUUGUUGACCAAUGGGUAGUCUUUUUCUUUGUAACUCUGGUCACUAUUAUCACUGUUUGUCGUUUAGAUUGCGAUGAUGUACAUAUGGAAAUAAGGGAUUAAAAUUUAGGAUGAUUUAGUUAUUCCGAAU